UUUGUUCCAUCAAUCAAUCAAGUUCGAAUUCUUUCAUUUUUUUUUUAUUUUGGAGAAAAAAUUGAUGAAUUUAAAACCACUUUAAAAAUCAAGUGUUGAAAUUAUCGUAGUUAUUCGUUUUGGAUUGAAUUGAAAUUUGGAACAUUUUAUAUCACACCAAAUAGAACUGAACUGAACUGAACUGAACUGAACUGAACUGAACUGAAAAAUAACCUGUAACGAACCAAAAUAUAAAACAAAAAAUAAAAAUAAAAAUGGUUAAAAGUGAUAUUGAAACAGCGAUGAUUAACAAUAAUGGUUCCAAUGCCAUUGUAAUAACUGGACAACAACAACAACAUUCGAAUGGAUGUCAUUCUUAUCGAACUGGUCAACAACAACAACAACCACAGGCUGCAACUGUAAUCGGAACAAAUACAACAAAUAGUUUGACUGCCAAUAACAAUAAUAGUAAUAAUGGAAUAGUAGUAACCACCGAUUAUCAUGAUGUUUCUGUUGAAUGUCCAUUAUGUAUGGAAAAUUUGGAUAUCGAUGAUCUCGAUUUUUUUCCCUGUUCUUGUGGUUAUCAAGUUUGUCGAUUCUGUUGGCAUCGUUUGAAAAAUGAUGAUAAUGGUCUUUGUCCGGCUUGUCGACAACCUUAUCCUGAUUCACCAAUUCAUUUCUCUGCAAUCAGUAUUGAACGUGUGGAAGAAUUGAAAAAAAUGAAAAAGAAACAAAAGGAAAAACAAAAACUGAAAGAUGGCAACAAACAAAAUCUUUCAACAAUUAGAGUUGUACAGAAAAAUUUGUUGUUUGUGAUCGGUAUAUCGCCAAGAUUUACACAGGAUGAAUUACGGAAAGAAUUUUCGAAAUAUGGAAAAAUUGUCAAAAUGGUCAUCAAUUCAUCUUCGGCUUAUAUAACAUAUACAAGGCCUGAAGAUGCUGUUGCAGCGAUUAAAACAUUGAAUGAUUCAUCUCAACAGCAACAGCAGCAGCAACAACAACAACAACAAAACGGUAUCCAAAUGAUGACAAAAACAUCUAGAAAUCAAUUAAUGACUAAUAAUGGUGGUGGAAUAUCAACUUUAGGUGGAAGUAUUUUGACAUCGGUAAAAGCAUCAUUAGGUACAACAAAAUAUUGUACACAUUGGCUACGUAGUCAAUCAUGUCCUAAACAACCAGAUUGCAUGUAUUUACAUGAAAUGGCUGAACAGGAAGCAUCAUUUACGAAAGAAGAAAUGCAAGCAGGAAAACAUACAGAAUAUGAAAAACGUUUGAUACAACAUUAUCUUGAUAUUAUUGUUGCCGAACGGGAAAAGGAAAAACAAACGUUACAGCAGCAGCAGCAACAACAACAACAACAAUUCUUUAAUAAUCAAUCAGCAUUGCAUCAGAAUCUUAGUCUUUUAUCUUUGUUACAACAGCAAAAACAACAGCAACAAAAUUUGGAUCAUUUUAUACAACAACAGCAACAACAAUCAUCUAACAAUAAUAAUCCAUUUGGAUUUAAUCAAAAUGGACUUUGUAUGGUUGGUGGUGGUCCAUCAUCACCAACAAACAAUAAACUACAACAAUGGCAACAGCAACAGAAUUCAUUAAGACAAUUGUUACCAAAUGUUAACAUUAAAUUUCAACAACAACAACAACAACAACAGCAACAACAAAAUGAUUUAAAUUCAUUUGGCCAUCAACAACAAAUGCAGAAUGGUGGUCAUCAUCAAUUCUUGAAUGGAAAUGGUGCUUUCCAGCAACAAUCACCAAGACAAAUGGUACAAUUUUGGAAAAACGCUGGUCAACAACAACAACAACAGCAGCAGCAAACAUCGCCGAAUUGUUCACCACCAUCUGCCGAAUAAUAAUCAUCAACAACAAUUUCAACAACAAAUGUUGCAACAAAAAAUGCAUUUUCUUCAAUUGCAACAGCAGCGAAAUCAACAACAACAAC